CAGACAUCCCUUUCGUCGUCCCCUCCGUCGUCCUCCCUGUCUCUGCAUUCGCUCCCUGCCCUACGCGUCGUCGCGCGCCGCAGCUGCCGUCCCGGCGAUGGCGACCCCAACCGCGGACAGCGACAGCCUCUCUACCGACGACCAGCAGUACAUCUCCACCUUCUUCUGCAAGGCCCUCUACGACUACCAGUCCCAGGACGACUCCUCUCUAUCCUUCCGUAAGGGCGACGUGAUCGAAGUCCUCACCAAACUAGAGACUGGCUGGUGGGACGGCCUUCUGGGCGACGAGCGCGGCUGGUUCCCUUCAAACUACGUUGCCGUCAUCUCUGAUGAAGAGGCAGACGCUGUUCUCUCAGCUGCAGAAGACGGAGGCCCGGUUACUCAAGACGGAAGACAACCGCAUGCAGCUUACGCAGACGCUUCGACUCUUGAUAACAAUUCAGAGACCAUGUCCUCACUGCCCAGCAUGAGCAGCCUCACCUCCAGUUCGAGCAGCAUGCCGCGCUCUCUUCAGAGUGACGAUUGGGCGGACGGAGAGGUAGAAUUUGAGCCCCCUCGACGGCGUGCAGAGCUUCCAGGGAGGGCCCCGGCGAGUACGCCUUCUCAGCCGAGUGACUUUUGGGUUCCGACGAUGUCUCCCGAUGGCCAGAUAUUCUACGUGAACACUCAGACGGGACAACACUCGCGGGAUCUACCAAUGGAGACCGAGGACGAGCUUUCUGAGGGCGAUUACAGCGGUCUUUCUGCUCAACAACGUGGACGCUCGGGCUCUACAACAGUAUUCGGUCGCGCAAACGGAGCCAACAGUCGUUCAAAUGGCUCAGGCAACACCAUGCCGGCUGGUUUUGGUAUACCAAAGCGUUCAGGUACCCCUGAGCCUUGGGUACGCCGGCUCGCGGAUGAUGGUUUAUCGUAUUAUUAUUUGAACAAGCUCGACGGUUCUAUGCAAUGGACGAUGCCAGAACCCGCUCCGUCACAGGCCACCCUUCCGCCUGCCUCACGCGUCAAUGGCCUCCAGCACGGUGCUGGUCAUCCCUCUAGUCCCGCCCGCCAAACAGACGCUCAGCGCACAGACUCUCGCCUUCGCGCAGGUUCGUCUGCUUCAAACGCUCUACGGGGUCGUAGCGAUAGUACUGCAGGCUAUACCAGUGCCUAUUCCGAUGACUCGGAUGUCGAUCCCCUUGACCGACAGCCUUCCGCAUUCGUCUCCAACAACGUCCAUUCAUUAAACGGAAACCGUCAGGCACCCGUGACGCAACUGUCACGAGCACCUUUGGAGGCUGUUGCUGAGCUGACGUCCGCGGAACGUCUCGCACAGGCGCUGCAGCAAAACCUCGCACCCGCACCUCCCGAAUCUGUAACGGACAUCUCUGACAUCGCGCGUCAAUCUGUGUCGGCGGUCAUCAAUUACAUCCAAGCUCACGGUGUGUCCAAUCAGCCUUUGCAACAGCGGGAGCUCUCCAGUCGUAUCCUUGACGCGGUCGCUAGCAUCCGAAAUCUUCUCUGUAUUUCCUCGCCUGCGUAUGGUCACAUCUCGAGUAGCCUCUAUCCCAAGGAUGGAAUCGAUCCCAGAGCGAAUGCGUUUGCCCAGGCCAUCCAGGCACAACUCAAACCCGCUCAACGAAAAGUGACUGCCACCUUGUCGAAACUCGUGCUCGCCGAACUCGCUGCCAACUACGAUGCCAGUGGAUUCACCUCCGACGCUCCGUCACGCAUGGUCGCUGAUGCAAUGGAUCUGGACCGAGCAAUCUCUACUUUCGUUUCGGAAGUACAACGCAGUAAUAGUCAGACGGCGGUUCAACCCGCUCGUACAAGGCCGACGGCGAAGCGACUGCGAGCGGCGUUGUCACCAAGCAAUAUUGGGCUGGGGUUGAUUGGCGCAGGAGCUGCAGGAAGUUGGAAGGGCUUCGGGUGGGUUGCUCUAGAGAAUGCGAAAGAAGUACCACCACGAGUGCUGGCUCCCGACGCGAUCACCGAACUCAAGUCUAUUGUGGAUAGGGUUAAUGAGAAGCUUAGGGCAUUUGCGCAGUCGUUGGCUGGUACCGUCCCAGUCGAUCAAAUAUAUGCGAAUGGGCGGGCCACAAUAACACUCCUCCAUUCUGCCCUCACUUUUGUAGCCAGCGUGCACGUCGCUCGUGCCGUCGACAUAGAUGGUAUCAACCGGGAAGGCGCGGCUUCGCACGAAGAUAUAUAUCUUCAGAGCGUCCAGAAAGCCCGUGUUCUCGUCCGCACUCUGGAGGCAGCGGCGCAAGCACUUUACGAUGACGGUGCCACACUCUUUCUGAGUAUUCAAACCAGUACCGGGUCAUGGCAUAAGACGGCAGAUGCUCUUGAAUGCCUCAUCCAUCCAAUACAAGCCAACCUCGGCCUUGUGCAGCAUACUAUGGAGGCUCUACUUCACAUCGGGCAGGACCAGUCGGACAUGGCACAGAACGAUUACAGGGGAUCCAUCGAGUGGCGCAUGUCACGCAUCAGCAUGAUUGACAGCAAUCUCGGACGCACGCUUCGCGAAAUAUCGGGCUUUGAGGAGAAUACUUACUUGGAGGAAUCGGAAGACGUCGUUGAUAUGGCACACGCCCUGAGUAAACCUGCUGCGAUGAAACCGGCGAGCUCACAGGAUUCAUCCACGUUAUACGCCACCGAUGGGUCGUCAGUUCCAGAGUCAUCGACCGAAGGGUCUCAUCGUCGGGGGGACAGCGCGGCGACUCAAUCGACCUGGCGUCGCCCUGGUCACAAACCUUCAGACAGUAUCGACUCGCUGGCGGCGUCGACCGAAAUGGGUGGCGAUGACUUCCUCGACGACGACGAUGAUCUAGGACCCACGUCGGGGCCGAGUAAGAUCCCUUCCUCCAAGGUUUUCAAGCUUCUAGGAGAGGAACCUACCCAUCUCGUGAAUACGAUUGUUGCUGAACGUCAACCAUGGUAUUUGCGACCUAACUAUGGUAAUGACAUCCAAAUCGACCCGGAUGGGAAAGUACGUGCGGGUACCGUACAAGCACUCGUUGAGCGAUUGACUGCACAUGAGAACUCAGAUACAACGUUCAGCAAGACAUUCCUACUCACGUACAAGUCCUUCACCGAUAUCGACACCCUCUUCGACCUUCUACAGCAACGCUUUUGGAUCAAACCACCUGAUAACCUCACACCGACAGAACUGGAGGAUUGGACGAAGUUGAAGCAGCAUGUCAUUCGGACAAGAGUGCUCAACACUCUGAAGACCAUAGUCACAGACGAUGAUAUCCUCGAGAAGGACGACAUGCAUAUCCUCGAUCGUAUGAAGGAGAUGCUUCAGAACGAGGAGGUCAUGCGCUCAACGGCAGCCAAGCAGCUAGUGGUUCUGAUCGAGCGUGCGCAAAAAGGCGAUAAUUCCAGACCCAAAACAACUAUCUCGCUGGAUCCUCAGCCUCCUCCUAUCAUUCCUAAGCUGUCGAAGAAGACGAAGCUCACAGACUUCGAUCCUCUGGAGAUCGCCCGACAGUUGACGAUGAUCGAGUGUCAUCUGUACCAGAAGAUCAAGCCGUCGGAGUGUCUUUUGCGGUCCCGGGAAGCCAAGGGUGACAGCAACGACAACAUUGCUGCUAUCAUUGAGACUACCAAUAAGAUCGCACAUUGGGUGGCAGAUACAGUCUUGAGCAAGCAGGAUUCUCGCAAACGAGCUGUGAUGGUCAAGCACUUCAUCAACGUCGCUGAUCGGUGUCGAAAUCUGCACAACUUUUCAAGCAUGAUAGCCAUUGUGUCUGGCUUGAAUUCGCCUCCAAUCCGACGUCUAAAGCGGACUUGGGAGCAGAUCAAUCAGAGGUCUAUGACUCUGUUGGGCGCUUGCGAGAUGACCAUCGACUCGAACAAAAACUUCAGCAAUUAUCGCCAGCUGUUGGCCAGGAUCACGCCACCUUGUGUACCAUUCAUCGGAACAUAUCUCACCACUCUCACCUUCAUCCAAGAUGGCGCUCCCAACAAUGUCGGCAAUCUCGUUAACUUCCGCAAACGGCAGAAGUCGGCGGAGACUAUCGACGAGAUCAAGAAGUGGCAGUCGAAACCCUUCAACUUUGCCAAGGUCGAAGUCAUUCACGAGUACAUCCAGGAGUGCCUGAACAAGUUCAAUGCCAUCCCGGAUGUCAGCGACCUAUUCUGGAAUUUAAGUCUGGAACGAGAACCUCGAGAAAGGGAAGAUGAGAAGAUGGCCAGGCUCCUGCAGGAAACGGGUUUCCUAUGAUACGUUGAGGACAAUCUGCGUUUAUUCGAGUGAUAUAUCCGUUAUUUGCUUCCUGGGUUGUAUUAUUGUCGGUUGCUUUCUGUCUGACUUUGCUGUGUAUAUUAUUGUGGCCCUACAUACUGGAUCUCUUUAUUCGCUUUUCUUUCUCGACUCGAACCACAUCUCACCGGGCGUUAGCCUACCUAUAAUAUGUGAUAUUUUGAUUAAGCAGCCGUUACCGCUCGAAAUUU